AUGCCGAACGUCCUGCAGCAGCAGACUCCGAAUCGCGCCGUGGCUGGAGGCCUCGCGCGCCUCGCCAAGUUGAACCUCGUGCCCGAGCGAUACUCGCGCCACAUGCAGACCAUCAUCAAGCUCAAACAGAUCCGCCUACUGCAAGUAGCCCGCGCGUUGGGCAGCAAGAACAGCUACGUAAUCGACGUGUUCACUCCGUUGCAGUCCACGACGCGCAUCCCGACCAACGUGGCAAUGGGGCUAGAGCCCGUCGCACUCUUCCGCCACCCCGACGCGCACCCUGAGAAGCAGUUCGCCGACUUCGUUAAACUCCGCGACGAGCUGUACGAGUCCUGCCGGACAGCGCAGCGCACCCCCGUGCAGCGAUUCGUCGAGUCCCUGCUGCGGCUCGCAGUGUCCUGCCCCGUCAUCGACUCGGACCCCUGCCCAUACCAGGAGAAGCUGCCGCGGCAGCUCUUAAAGUUCCUCUUCGUAGACUCGGAUCCGAUGGUCCACUGA